CGGAAUUUCCGUGUUUUGACUUCCACAAAACAUUAAAUUAAUCAAUCAAGUUGCAAAUCUACUUCUUCAUCCUUCACAUGAACUAUAUAAAUGCUAUUGCCCAUUUGGACAUUUUCUCCAAUCUCCAUAACUACAUAUCUUCAAAGCACAACAUUAAAUUGUCAACUAUCAUUAUUUCAUUUUGGUUGCCUUAUUGUUCUCCAACCUCAAAACUACUUCAAAAACUUCACAACCAUUUUUUUUUUCUUCUUCUAAGUUUUUAGCUUUGAUUCUUUUCUUUCUUGGCAAGGAAAACAAAUAAAUGGAUGAAAUUGAAAUCCCUUCUCAUUUCAUUUGUCCAAUUUCAAUGCAACUAAUGAGAGAUCCGGUUAUAGUUGCAACUGGAAUGACUUAUGAUAGAGAGAGCAUUGAGAAAUGGCUGUAUUCUUGCAAGAACAACAUUUGUCCCAUGACAAAACUAGAGCUUCCGACCAAAGAUCUCACUCCAAACCACACUCUCCGGCGUUUGAUUCAAGCUUGGUGUAUGGUCAACUCUUCCAAUGGGAUUGAGCGGAUUCCAACUCCAAAGCCACAAGUGGAUAAAUCCCAGAUUCUAAAAUUGAUCAAUGAGGCCAAGAGAUCAGCAAAAGUUGAUGAUCAGAUCAGGUGUUUGAAAAAGCUCAGAUCCAUUUCUCAAGGAAGUCAAAGUAAUAAAAAGUGUCUGGAGGCGGCUGGAGCGGCUGACUUUCUCGUUGAACUGUUGAUCAAGAAAAGUAGUGAUGAGUUUGAUGCUAUCAAGGAAGAAGCUUUCAAUGUUCUGUACCAUCUGGAUGUUUCAGAUUCAGAUCUGAAGAAACUAGUGAGCGAUGAUAAAGACAGUGAAAAUUUCUUGGCAUCUUUAAUGCAAGUUUUGAGAUGGGGGGAUUGCCAAUCCCGACUUAACGCCAUAAUGCUGAUGAAAUCCGCCUUCAAUGUGGCGGAUCCGGUCCAGAUGAUGAGUUGCAAAGUCGAGGUUUUCGUCGAAAUAGUUAGGGUUUUGAAGGAUCAAGUCUCCCCACAAGCAUCCAAAGCGGCAUUGAAGCUACUAAUGGAGCUUUGUCCUUGGGGAAGGAACCGGAUCAAGGUGGUCGAGGCCGGGGCGAUAUCGACCCUUAUCGAGAUCCUCAUUGAUAAUUCGGAGAAAAGGGCUUGUGAACUGAUCCUGACAGUGUUAGAUCAACUAUGUAGGAUCGCUGAUGGCCGGGCAGAGUUAUUGGCGCAUGGCGCCGGAUUAGCUAUCAUUUCAAAGAAAAUACUUAGGGUUUCUCAGGUUGCGAGUGAUAGAGCAGUGAGGAUAAUCUCUUCGGUUUGCAAGUAUUCGGGGACUUCUAGGGUUCUUCAAGAAAUGUUGCAAGUUGGAGUUGUUGCAAAACUGUGCCUUGUGCUUCAAGUUGAGAACAAUUCAAAAAUUCUUGAAAGGGUCAGAGAAAUAUUGAAGCUUCACUCCAGGAGUUGGAAGGAUUCUCCAUGCAUUCCUCCUUCUUUGAUUUCUUCUUACCCUUUAGCUUGAGGAAAUUUAAUUCAUCCCAAUUUUGUUUUUCUUUUUGAUUUUGUUCUUCCAAUUGUAUAUAUUAUACAGAAAAAAUUCAAAAACAUAGCUAAUCAAUUUAUGGAAUAGAUGAAAUUGAUAUCCCCGAAUUUUUUUGGUUUCUUUUCCUGCCUCGAUGAUCGUAUUUUGCUUCUUUACGAGGCCUGCAGAACGGAUUCAUUAGAAAAGUAUAUCCAGUUGAGGGUCAAUUUUCUGAAUCACAAAAUUCUAGAAUUGCACUUGAUCUGAAUCCUUCUGUCAUGGAAAGUGUCAUCAUGGCUAAAAUUUUUACCUGGUGGAUUGAAAGAGAUCGAUCUACUAUCAUCAUUAAUUAGUCUCUCUGUAUAUAUAUAUACACACGAUAAACGGC